AUCACCUCCAGGGCUAGCCCUCCGCUCCACCAUACCCAUCAUCGUUAUUCCCCUCCUAUAAGCAUGAGCGUGGGUGCGAGCUCGAGGAUGGGGUGGGGGAGUGCCUCUUCAGAUCAACGAUUUACUGUGCGGUGCCCCACGGAGGUUCAUCCUGGCUACUUGCUCAUCGGUUCCUCCACAAUGCCGAAUCUCGGAGAGCCAAAGCGGAGGCCCUUCCUGGUGAUUCGAUGCAACCAAAAACAUGUUAUCUGCUUGCCAUUCACCUCACUACGAAAAUACGACUCAAUCUACCAUGCGUGUCGUGAUCACGAGAGGGAACCAAAUACCUACUACCCAGUCUCGCCAAACCAAAACGACGGUAUAUAUAUUCCGAUAACAGUACCGGAGUAUUGCAAAGGAUACAUUGACCUCUUAUGUCCAAUGACUCUUGGAAUGAAUACAAUCGAUUGGGGUUGCAAAAUGGGCAGGAUAUCUGACGAGGACCUCACAAGAGUCACUGAGGCCCACAAAAGGCUUGUGUGGGAUAUGAGCGAAGGCAGAAAUUCAUCCGGGAUGGCUCUCAGGAGCGCACCAGUAUUGGCGGGACACACGCUCGAAGGUGGAAACCAUCGACCUCAUACAGUGCCCGGCAUACCACGGCGUAACUGCGAACCUAAAACAUCAGAGAAAUCACAACUAGGUCAACCAAGCAGCUCCCGCCAACAAAUUGCGCCACUGAAGAACACAUCUUCUGAAAUCCGGCCACCCGUACACUCAACAAAAGGCCCUAAACGGAACAGAGGCUCAGGCUGUCGCCCGUCAAAAUAUAGAACCCCGAAUACACCGUACGAUCGAGAUGACCGCGGUAGGCGGGGUCAUAGCCACGCUGGGGACAGGAUACCAUGGAGCUCCAGGAAUGGCUGCAGCUCUCAGGAUAAAGAUGGAAGACAAAUGAGAGAUAGGCAGGCAAGUACCGAAAACUCGUCCUCCAGCACACGCCGCAUGAGCCAUAACCCCGGGGAUCCAGGUCGAGGCAUAUAGACCCAUACCAAGCAUACCAAGUGCUCGCAUGAUAUUUAUCCGCACCAGGAUGGGUCCGAUUGGAAGUGCAUGUGUUGGAAAUGGCCCUACCAGAGGAUACCAUGAGGCACCACCAUAGCGAAAUCCACGAUAGAAAAGUACAGACAACCUGUUUAUGAGAUACUCGAGGACCAGGCAUCCUAUCAUACCCCACUCCCCAGAGGAAGGUCAGGGCUGAGGAAUUUCACCCACAACAGUGUUAGUGUAUACGAGAGCGUGGCGGAGGAAAGCUCUCGAUACUGCUACUAGGAUAAAACCAAAUCGUCUGCUUGUAUAUUAAUAGCAUUUUCCUAUAUGAUCUAGGUAAACCUAGUAUAGUAUAUCGCAUCUUUCUUACUCUCUAGAGGUUGGGCUUUAAUAUUAAGGUGGGAUCUGAAGAA